AUCAGAUCACGUCACACACGAUGUGCUUAAUGAGGUGAUGAAACGGUGACUGUUGUAACCAGUUUUCCCCGUCCAAGCAGUACGCCUGCCAGGAGCUGCAGGGGGUGUAGUCUGUUAGUUGAGGCUAGGGUUACGCUUCUCUUUCAUUUCACUCAAUCUGAAGAGCACUUUCGCUUGAAUUAUGAGUGGAAAAGUUACCUUAUUCGUCUCCGAUAUCUCAGGAAACAAGGAGGUGAGUAUGAGACGAUUUAAACAAACGAUGCAAGUUUUCAGGUGUCAUCAAUAGCCAAAGUUUAAGACAAGAAUUUUCAAGAUCAAUUUACAGUGCUUAAAAUGAAUAAUUCAUUUGUGCUUCGAGGAACGAUCCUGCAUUAAAAGAGACACUAUCAUGGAUGUAAAAUUUCUAAUAAGGAUUACACUUGAUUCUUUUCGCGAAAAAUAAGGGUUUAGUAGCUUCUAAUUCAUUUUUCUUUGAAACGGAAACCUAUGUGUAGCUAGACAAAUAUGUUAUAGUUUAUUUUCUCAGCCAUCCGACCUGUAUGGUUGUAAGACUUGAACAGCAUGUUUGUACAGUUAUACAACCAGGCUGGAUCAUUCAGAACGUCAAAAUACUCAGAGCUUUCUUUUUAACAUUUCAUUUAAUCUCAACGUGUGUGUGUGUGUAUUUGAGUAAAUUUCACUCAACUAUUUCGUGAUUUAAAUGAGCUUCUGAUGACUACAUAUAGCACAUAUUUCAGAUGUGCCGAUUAAAUUAAUUCACUUAAGUACUUAGAAGUAAGCUCAAUACCAUUGAUUAAGGUAUAAGUAAAAUAUGGAUUGAGCAUUCCAAUGGUUUGAAAUUUGAGACAAGGUGAUAUUGAAUGGCUAUUUCUUUUGGCAAUUGGAAAUUGUUUUCCAAUACUGCUAGAGAAAGAGUUAAAGAAUUUCAUUUUCAGAUCAAAACAUAAUUUUGACACUACCACAUAAACAAGUUUAACGUUUUUCACAUUAGAAGGACAAACUAAAGUUUGUACAAUUUCUGGCAUCUUAAAUGUUAUGUUGUCUGCAGGAAAUAGAAAAAUAAAUAAAACAAAACAAAAAACCACACAGAUUAUAUAUAAAGACAAGGGCACAAGACCCUUACUGUCAGGAUUUUUUUGUGGUCUGUCAUGCUAUUGCAAAGUUUGCGGUAAGACCCGCUUGAAGAAAUUUGUUAAAAAUAGAACAUUCAAAAAUUAGUGGAUGAAUGAAGUGUUAUUUAAUUCCAGCAUUAAUGAUUGGUUUCAUAAUGUUUUAAAAAUCCUAAAUUGUUUAAAAAGUGUUAACCCUUUAACUCCCAUGAGUGAUCAAGAGAGAAUUUCUCCUUACAAUAUCAAUACAAUAUCAACCAGAUAAGUGAUGAGAAUAAAGAAAAAUGUAAAUUUGGGGAUAAUUAUUUGAUCCAACACUAAGUUCUCUGAACUAACAUUAUAAGAAUUGUGUGGUUGACAGUGAGGAGAAUUACAAAUUUGAUCUGGGAGUUAAAGGGUUAAGUGAUUGGUGGUAAACCUUCUGUUAAGAUGUAAGAACAAUAUUGAUCAUUCUGCUAAAUAAGGUAACACUGGAGGGAUCUCUUGGCCUUCAAGUACAGUUGCAGCAAAGUUAUAAAUGAUGGAGAAUUUAUGUCUUGCCAACAUCAAAAUUGAAACUCGUCUUUCACAAAGUUAGUUUUCCUUUGGAAAGUUUCAAGUAGUGACUUUGACUUUUGGAAUUUUCCAUUAACCCUUUACACCUAAUAUCAGAAUGCAUAUUCUCCACACAGUUCUCUUUACAUUUCUUAUGGUACUGACAAGGAGAAUUUGUUUGACAGUCAGGACUGACUUUAAAUUCGCGAUCAUUUCCUUUAUUCUCAUGACAUAUAUUUUUGAUUUAAGGGUUAUAUUAUAAGGAGAAAAUAGGAGACAGUCACUCCUAGGGGUUAAAGGGUUUAGAAUUAUAGCAUACCUGAACUGAAACUCAAAUGUUAGGUCAAGGUUUAUGUUGACUUAUAAAAUUGUGUAUAUAACAGAUUUUCAAAAGAACAUUUUUUAUAACAGUUAAUUAAUUUUAUUUAUUUAUUUCUUUGCAUUUUUUCUUUGCUUGUCUUGAUCUCCUUUGAUUAGUUUAUUGCUUUUGUUAUCCAGACUAAAAAACGUCAACAACACAUGCGCACUCAACUAGAGGCACAUAAAGUGCCUUUUGAUGUAAUUGAUGUUGCACAAGAUUCUGAUGCUUUGGAUAGAAUGAGGGAACUUGUGGGAGAUGAAGAAGCUCUAGCUCCUCAGAUUGCCAAUGGUGAUGAGUACUGUGGGGUAAGUUGAAUGAAUUUUAACCCUUAACACUCUAACUUCAUUAUGCAUUAUCUACAUAGAAUUCCCUAUACUUUCCUAAGGUGCUGUCAAAGAGAAUUUGUUUAACAAUUAAGAGCUUCUUUAGUUGGUGAUCAUUUUAUCUAUUCUCAUUACCUUACUGUAUGAUUUGGGGGUAAUAUUUUAAGGAGAAAUUGGACUCUGAUUACUCUCAGGGGUCAAAGGGUUGAAUGAUUGUUACAGAAACAAAACUAAUCCUAAGUAAAUAAUCACAGGGGAAAUCAGGAUAAACUCAAAGUGCAGGGUGAGAGUUUUCAAGACAAAUCAGUGAGCAAAGUGAAGCAAAACAAAUGCAACCCCAGCCAGAUUACUAUAAAACCCCUUGAUUACUCCCAUAAGUGACUGAGACAGAAGUUCUCCUUACAAUAUUAAUAUCAUAUCAAGCACACAAGUGAUGAGAAUAAUUACAAAUAUCGCAGGUGGUAAAGAGAAUUACGUAGUAACUGAGAACUUGGAAGAGAAAGGGUUAAUUUACACUCAAUUGAAGGUUGCCCUAUAUAUCAAGAGAGAUCUAUAUAAUGUUCAGUAUUUACAUGGUUAGAACCAUUUCAUGGUACUAAGAAGGGGAGAAGGGGGGGAGGCAGGGGAGAUUUGCCAGGAUUCGUAUGUGCUUUAGGAACUUUGAAAUCCCUUCACCAAUUUAAAACAGCAUGGGGAUCAUUACCAUUAAACUAGUCUUCUAUAAAAUGGCAAAACUUAAUGAACAAAAGUCUGAUUAAGAAUGGAUAAAAUCUGGUAAUUAUUCAGUAGUAUUUCAAAAAUCUUUUUUUACGAAAUCCUCAAAAGACCAGAAAACAGCCAAUUUGUUAAAGUAAGCUUACCUUAAAUUUGUACCUUCAACCUCUAAAUUCUAAUGAUAACCUUUGUCUUUUUCAUCCAGGGCUUUGAAGAAUUUGAAGCUGCCAUUGAAGGAGAAAAUCUAGGAGAAUUCCUGAAACUGAAAUAAAAAUUUUACAGUAUGGUCGAAAAAAGGUUGGAAAGGAGGACAAGUAGUAUUCACAUGGCUCAGAUAAUUAAUGUCCAGAUAUAUUUUUUCAUCAGACAACAAAGGACUUGUAUCUCUUUUAAAUACCUUGUUAAGGAAAACUACCAUUUUUAUUGCUCUCAUUUUCUGAAAGAGUAGAUGUACCAUACUUUGCAUGUAGGAAAUGUUACAGUUUAAGAUUCCUGUGAUGUUGGCAUGACAGGGUUCGUUGUGGUUGGUUUAAAAGUGAUUAUUACUAUAUGAUAAACUUGUGAGCUUAGUAAUCCAGGAUGCCUCCUUAUCUAUGUAACUGGGUUUCUGGCUAAAACUAGGCUGGCUGAUUGUCAGGGAAUUGCUAAGUUCAAGUUCUGCAUUUGAAGUUUAAUGGUCCAAUUUGGAAACAUUCUGGUAAAAUUCACCUUUGUUAAAUUGGCCAGCUCAGCUCAUACUAUUCGACUCUGAUACUAAUGUGUCAGUCACCGCAUUCAAUUUUUUUUAUUUUAGGUUCAGUUCAAAAGUUUAAUUUUGUUUCCUGCUAUUGGUCUUGGCUUGUUAACUCAUGUUUAGUGUUGGGAAGGGGUCAGUAAUUUUCACUAUGAUUGAAGGCUCCACCCACAGUCUAACUUUACUUCUUUUAUACACUGAAGAGUACACUCUGAAGAUUUACAUAUCAGUUGUAGAUAUUUAUGUUUGACUUAGAAACUUCUAAAGCCUGCACUAUUUGAUUCUGUGGUGAAGUCCCUUCAAGUUUGUAUAGUGGAUACUUUUAUGGGCCAUGUAUUUGAUUAAGCCCUCUGCUGAAAGUUCACAUGAAGUCUUGAUGGCACUGAGUUUUUUCUUUGCCUUGCUCCAUUAUUUCAUUUUCAUGUAAUUAUUCAUUUGGUCUCAGUGGUCUGAGAAAACUUACUGUUAGAUGUUACAUUUCCCCAGUCUGCACUUUGAAGUAAGGCUUGGAGAGGGGUUGUUGGUCACUCUGAUGCAAACAUGCACAAGGGCUGUUAACCAUUUAACUCCCAUGAGUGACCAAGACAUAAUUUCUCCUUACUAUACGUAUACAAUAUCAUGCAGACAGGUGAUGAGAAUAAAGAAAAAUACCAAAUUCUCCAAACUAACAUAAUGAGAAUCAUUUGGCAGACAGUGAGGAGUACUAUUAGUGAGAUCUUGGGAGUUUAAGGGUUAACAUUUAUACUUAAAAUUUAGGGUUUUUCUAAUUGUAACACCAUCAGUACUCUUUUAAUAAGAAUGUAAUUGUAGUGUAAAUGCCAGUGACCCGUGUACGAUAUCAGCAAAUUUAGUAGAAGUACAAUGUCUUACAUUGUACACUUAAAGUUGGGAUAAUUGUUUUGUUAGACUGCAGUCUGUCAUCCUUUGAAUUUUGAUUUUAAUUGAUCCAGGUUGCAGUCUUCUAAGUAACUAUGAUCUGAUGGACACAGUGGGCUCUGUCCUUAUUACAAAAAGUUUCAAUAAAUUCAUUACUGAAUCAGUUUUGAUACUCAGAGAAUUGAUCAACUUUGUCAUAAUAUAGUUUCAUAAUUGUUAUUUUAUAGCUAAAUAAAUUUCCUUUUGCAAUAUGUAAAAUUGUGAUACUCAUUUUUUGAAGAGUCAUCAUGAGCAAUCAUUCACAGAUGAUUGCACAAAUCCACAGAAACAUAAAUUAAAGAUAUAAAGUUUAAUAUUAGUAGCUUGUUAACCUGUUCAGUGUUACACUUUUCUUUCAACUUUCAUGUUGACCCUCAUUGGAUUUUACUUAAUUGUCACGUCUCCUUUGAAUAAGGGGAAUUUGGGAGAGAAAAGUUACUGGUGUGAAUCAAAGCAUCAGAAUCUUGUGCGACAUCAAUUACAUCAAAAGGCACUUUAUGUGCCUCUAGAUGAGUGUGCAUGUGUUGUUUUGUUUUUUAGUCUGGAUAAUGAAAGCAAUAAACUAGUCAAAGGAGAUCAAGACAAGCAAAUGAAAAACACAAAAAAAGUAAUAAACAAAAGUAAUUAACUGGUAUAAAAUUUUGCAAAUCAAACAAUGUAGAAGUGUUUGAAAGGACACAAAUGAGGCUAGCAUUAAGGCAAAAAGUGUUCAUUCUUAGCUUAAAAUCAAAUGAUUGUACUUUAUGAGUCAACUCAAGCAACUAAAUGAUUUGUAUUUUAUUGUCAAAUUUUAUGGAUCAAAAGCAACCAUUUCUAAUUUGUCUUCACGUGGAAUGAAUAAAAAUUACUAUAGUUUUUUAUACUCACUUUAAAAUGGCUACCAUUAAAAAUUAAGAAAAUUUUUGGGAACAAGCUGUCAUUUCACCCUAGUGUUCACAAGUGUGGUUAAGACACCAACAUUACUGCAAUAUAUUUUAAUCAUUUCAGUUGCAAUAGGUCCUUAAAUAUAUUUUGAUCCCAACUAAAUGGAAAAAAAUGACAAGACUAAGAAAAGACCAUUCAAAAAGUAAACAAGCCUAUCAUGAGAAAAUUGUCUCAAUUAGU